CAGCUGAUCCUUGUUUUUUCUAUAUAUGUUUAUUUUCUCUCUUUUCCUUUCUUGACGCUAAAAUCGGGGCUUCCCCCAAUCCUCCCCCUUAUUUCCAUAUUCGAGAACAUGACUUCGCACAAUCUUCUCCGCCUCUCUGAUAGGAAAGAGGGACUUUGCCACUCAUUAUUUUUAUGAAGUCAGGGGGUUCGCCCCUUUUCUCCUAUUCUCAAUCAUCUUUUUUUUCUCAUGUGCAUUUCUACACUUCGUCUUCCUUUUCUUCUAUCACCGUCGAUUUCGUUAAAACUUUUACAAGGAGCUCCUUGAGCAUUGCUCUUCCUUCCAUGUUGUCUUCUGGAAUAUCUGGACCUACUGUUGAAGAGGAAUUCGUGCAUCAGGCUAUUAUUCCAGGAUUGCCGGAUGACUUGGCCUUGAGAUGUUUGGCGAAAGUGUCACAUGGAUAUCAUGGGCUGCUUGAAACUGUGUCCAAGAGAUGGAGAGAUGCAAUCCACAGCUCAGAUUAUUCCAACUUAAAAGCUAGAGAAGGAUGGUCUGGGAACUGGUUGUUUGUUCUAACGGAAGGGACUGACGUCCAUUGGAUUGCUUAUGAUCCAGAAGCUGAUAGAUGGCAUCCUCUGCCUAAGCUUCCAAGUGCCAAUCCCAGCUGGCACCACUAUGGGUUUUCAUGUGUAAGUGUGAAUAAAAUGUUUCUGGUGAUUGGCGGCUCCUAUGCACCACAUGAUCCAGUAUUUCCCCCACAGAAACCUUUGGUUACAAAUGAUGUUAUGCAGUUUGAUCCAUUCAAAAAACAAUGGAGUAGGCUAGCCAAUAUGCGAACGGCAAGGUCUCACUUUGCUUGCAGUGUUGUCUUUGGUAAGGUUUAUGUAGCUGGGGGGCGUACCUCAUCAUGCACUAGAGGAUUAGCUCUUUCUGAAGUUUAUGAUCCAUUAAAUGAUAGAUGGGAAGAACUACCCCCAAUGCCCAUCCCUCGUAUGGAUUGCUUGGGCUUAUCAUGCAAAGGCUGUCUUCAUGUUCUGAGUGACCAUUUGGGAUUUCCAGACCAGAACACUUCUGAAGUUUUCAAUCCAGUGGAAGGAACAUGGCAUACAGUGGAGUCUAUUUGGCCUUUCUCAAGGGCAAUGCAGUUUGCAGUUACAGUGGUGCAAGAUGAUCAGGCAUAUGCCAUAGUUGAUUGGGGUGAAAGCUCAAUCAAAACCAGGGAUAGCAAUCAAGGAGAGUGGUACAAUCUAGGUUCAGUUCCUUCUGUGGUUCUCCCUGACCAUUCCCGGCAAUUGGAGGCUUUUGGUUAUGGUUUUGCUGCAGUCAGCCAUCAUCUAUAUGUUAUCGGAGGUAAGGUUCUCAAGUGGGUGGAAUCAGGCGCAGGGAGAUUUGACAUAGUUAAGCUGGAUUUGGUGAGAUUCUGUGACCCCAGAGUUCUUCCAUUGAAAUGGAUGGAGACUCGAGCAAUGUGCGGAUCAGCACGGGGGGCUAUACUAGGUUGUGCUUCCUUGGAAGAAUGAACUUUUCCUAAUGUCAUUUGCAAGGUGAUCUAAAUUCUAGUCAAAAUUAAAGAAUCAACAUGCCACAGGAAAAAGACAAUUGAUUUCCAUCUGCAGGACUUGCACAUGGAUGGUGCACAUUGAGAUAGAAUGAAAGGCGUUACUAGAUCUCAGCUAAUAGUUGACGCAAUUCAGUGAGUUUAACCUUGAGUUUGUUUUUUGGAGAAUUUCUCAAUUAUAAGAAGAUACGCCAAACGAUCAAAGAAAAAGAUAAAUGAUAGAUCAUGCUGACCAGGGGGGAACAGGGAAAGGAAAAAUGAAAGCUGAUUGUGAUGUUAGUUCCUAGAUGUUGGUCGGGUAACCUGGGGCACAGUAGAUUGUGCGAAUUGGGCUUCAUACUUAGAUGUUAGAUUGGGCGAAUUGGGCCAUUAUCUCUGCUCCGAAAUGUUUUAUGUAUUCUUUGAUUCAAAUAUUGAAAAUUGUCUGGAUUCUUUGGUGUAUAAAUCACAACUUGUAUUUUGUCAUUUA